UUGUUGUGGUUUUGUAUUUUAUAAAAUUAUUUUAUUUUAUAUGAACACAUGUCUCGCGCCGGCUCUAAGAGUUAAAUAUGGCCAAAUUACACAGUUAUUAUGUUUUGUGUCCCUUAAUUGAUCGUAAUAGUUUCCUUGGCGUUUCUGAGGACUCGGACCAAGACAAUUGUAUUGUAUCUUUAGGUCGUAAUGUUAUAAACAAAUAUCGACUUUCAGAUCAAAAACAGAUAAGUGGAUGGACUUCUAAAGAUCACCUAACCUCACCUGUGAUUUUCGACAAAGAUCAAGAAUCCUAUGUCGGUGUUUUUAAUAAAAAUAGUAUCAAAAUUUGGAAAGAAGAUUCCGAUAAUUUGGACAAAAUUAAAAAGUAUAAGUUUUCAGUGAAUAUCUUAAAAAUCUUACCCAGACAAGGUUCAUCUUUAAUUAUAUUCGAAAACGGAAACUGUGCCUCAUUGUCAUACGCUCUGGAAAACAGGAAGACUUUUGAGAAUCAACAACUUAUAAAAGAUACUGAAAAAAUUGUGAGUGUCACUAGCUACAGUGCUAAGAAAUCAGACUAUGUGUGUUACAUCAUACAACAUAAGAAGAACUAUGAAAUACUGUGCUGUCCCCUCAGAGAUGAGCUGGGAGACAUGGACAAAUCCAAAAUCAACAGGGUAAAAGUAGCCAGGGAUGAAGCAUAUGUUGUGGGCAAACUAAUCAGCACCAAAGUAAAACCUUGUGUUUAUUUUCUAUGGAAUGAUGGUAAAAUAACCGCUUAUGAACUUGCCGAAAGAUCUUGGAGGACAGUUGGCACAGUGCCCUGGAUAUCCACAUCUAAUAAUGUGUCUAUUGCCUGGAUGGGCAAGGACCACCUAAUCCUAUUUGGUAGCAACCAGGAGCAGGAUGGAGCCCUGCUCGUUGCUUAUAACAUAGUACUUGGUGUGGGCUCGUGUAAAUAUCCGAUGAAAAUGUAUUCUGAAGAUGCCCAAAUCUACACCUUCAAUAACUAUAUAAUUCUGGAGGCUUCUAAUCAUGUGGGGAUGCUGCCAUUUGCACUUGAAACAAACAGGAAUUUGUCAAGCUUACUUGGAUCACAUGAUGUAGUCCAAGACAAUAGCACAAAUAUUUCUGACUGGGAUACACCUGUUGAGCCUGUGUUUGAAGUAACUAACGAAAUAAAAGAGUUCAUAGCAUCAGGUAUGACAGAGAGAAGCAUAUGCGCGCAAAUCAUUAACCCACUGUUAGAAAAUCAAGAUUUCCGUCCCAUCUACAGAAAUAUAAAACAAUUCAAUGAUAUACCUGAAUCUGUUUUACUAUCAGUAAUGAAUUAUGUUUUGAAGCUACUCAGUAAGGAGAGUUUACAUUUAAGCGAUGAUGAAGCUUUUGAUAAUUUCUGUAACUGUAAAGAUAUGGCCAAGAAGGAUGAACUUGUACAUAAAGGAAAGUUUGAAUUGUUAAACUAUUUACUACAGAUUCAGUUCAGUGAUGCAGUAUUCAUUCCGUACUUACGGAGUGCAAUGUCAUUGGACAAUGCAUUAUUCUUGAUGAGGUAUAUCUCAUAUUUGCUUCUUGAUUCAAAUAAAACAUUUGAUUCGGUGUACGAGAGUAAACUGUUUGAUUGGUGUACGCUUUUAAUGGAUGCAUUUUAUCAGCAGUAUUUACUGACAAAGGAUGAGACAGUGUCACAUGUGUUGGACACCAUGCACAAGACAAUUGUUAAUCUCGUCAACCAGUUAAUGAUUGUAGAUGAUACAUUACCACUGCUGCACCAGGUCCUUACGGGGAAACAGAAGGAAGACAAUCAAGAGUGUUUAUCAUAUGCUAUAGAAUUAAUGGAUAUAUGAGAUUGUUUAAAUAAAUGUACAUUGUCAUUUGUCGUA